GGGACUCGCGGGUUAGCAGCCGGCCUGUUGAGGUCAGAGGAGGCGGGCAGCGCGACCAAACCCAGCGCCUGCGCGUACUUAAAGCACUCGGAGCAGAGAUCGAGCGAGCGGCCUGAGCAGCCCCAGCCCGUGACACCGUCUGGACCACGCGCCACUACAAGCUUCCCAGCAUGGAGAGCGAAUGCCGGGUGCUCUCCAUCCAGAGCCAUGUUGUCCGCGGCUACGUGGGCAACAGAGCGGCCAUGUUCCCUCUGCAGGUUUUGGGAUUUGAGGUUGAUGCCGUGAACUCUGUGCAGUUUUCAAACCACACAGGCUAUGCCCAUUGGAAGGGGCAGGUGCUGAAAUCCCAGGAACUGCAUGAUCUGUAUGAAGGCCUCAAGGUGAACGGUGUCAACAAGUAUGACUACGUGCUCACUGGUUACACGAGAGACACAUCCUUCCUGGCCAUGGUAGUGGACAUUGUGCAGGAGCUGAAGCAACAGAACUCUCGACUCGUGUAUGUGUGUGACCCUGUGAUGGGAGACAAGUGGAACGGGGAAGGCUCCAUGUAUGUGCCCCAGGACCUGCUUCCCGUGUACAGGGACAAAGUGGUUCCGGUGGCAGACAUCAUCACUCCCAACCAGUUUGAGGCUGAGUUGCUGAGUGGCAGAAAGAUCCACAGCCAGGAAGAAGCAUUCGAGGUGAUGGACUUGCUGCACUGUAUGGGUCCUGACACUGUGGUCAUCACCAGCUCUGACCUGCCCUCCCCACAGGGCAACGACUACCUGAUCGCGCUGGGCAGCCAGAGGAUGAGGAAGCCAGAUGGCUCCACGGUGACCCAGCGUAUCAGGCUGGAGAUGCACAAGGUGGACGCUGUCUUUGUGGGCACCGGGGACCUCUUCGCCGCCAUGCUUCUGGCGUGGACACACAAGCACCCAGACAAUCUCAAGGUGGCCUGUGAGAAAACAGUGUCUGCCAUGCAGCACGUCCUGCAGAGGACCAUCCGGUGUGCAAAAGCUGAAGCAGGAGAAGGACAGAAGCCCAGCCCGGCUCAGCUGGAGCUGAGGAUGGUCCAGAGCAAAAAGGACAUCGAGGACCCCGAGAUCGUCGUGCAGGCCACGGUGCUGUGAGGGUCAUGCACGCUCGCCCUGACACGCAGCGAGCUGAGGUGUCUGUCUCCAUCCCUGUGAAAAGCUGUAACGUCUGCCUUAGAGCCGUGACUGAAACUUGACAUUGUGUUCCUUCCUGAGGGUCGGGUCUCAGCCAGUCUCUAUCGUGAAAAUGUGCCAUUGUGCUAUUUUUUUUUAAAAAAUGACAAAGCCGUUGUAGAAAUAUGUGAUUCAGACCCAUGGCCCCUUCCCCAAAGGCUCUGGGCCUCUGACUGCCUCCUGUUGCCUCAUAGGUAUGUGGAAGGUAGGUGGGGGAGGCCUGCCUGCUGCCUCUGGAUCUUUCUUUCUGUUGGCCACUAGCUGCCAUUGUCCCAUGUGUCUACACAACCCCUGAUUGUGUAUAGACUCUGCUCCCUGUGUCUUUAAAACCGGGUUAGGUCUUAACCGUUGGCAUCUGAAGAAUCCGCCAAAUAUCUUCAUUGCCAUUUUCGUCCUUCCCUUGUUCCUGCAUUAGAGUUUCUGUGUGUCUCUGCUGCUCUUUGGGUGACAUCUCGAAUGUCAGAUAUAUGCAGCUGUUGGACUGUGUGGAAAGGUUUCCUAUUCUCAUGGCUGGGUAGGCUCACAAGCAUGUGGUCACUGACAGGAACCUUGUAAGGAAGCAGAACAUUCCAGAGCAUCUGCAGCCACCUGGGCCUCUGCAGGUUCUCCUGUCACUUGGGAGCAAAUUCUAGGAAACUGACCAACAUGGUGUUGGGCUGCUGAGCGCAGGGCAGCUUGGGAGUUCAGGGAAGUUGUCCACACUGGGCUUGUGUGAGUGCUCACCCAGGCCUGCAGGGCUGUCUGCUGGCCGUGGACCUGCCACAUGCUGCUGGACUGGACAUUGCUGCACAGGGGUUUGGACAGACAGGGAAGGAGAGGCAGAGAUGCCUCCUGCCCCCUGGUGGCAUACUUAAGUACUGGUUUCUCUCCUCCUCCACCCCCUUUUCUGUAUUCUGUGCCCACUUUAUUUUGAGGAGCAAGAGGCCCUUACGUGAAGCCAGUUAGCUGUCUGCCUUCUUGGAAGGUCUCUACAGAUCAUAUUGGCAUUGUGCAUGCAGGGGUGUCCCUUACACCCCAGCUGGAGACUGUGAUAUGUCCCUUUGCCUAUACUGCUCAAGGGUGAAUUUCCUGGCUCUGCUUCCCAGAGCUUAAGGUCCCUAGUCAUGUCUGUGAGUUUGGGCUUUUCACUCACGAUCUCUCUACCCACACCCAUCUCCCUGCUCCUCAAUCCUUGAGAUGUGUAUCCUCUGAGAACCCUAAGGAGAACUGGGAGGCUGAAAGAGGUGGAGAAUAGAUCCUGCCUCCCUCUCUCCCAGAAGCAUAGUGCCUCCAUGGACCUCUGAGUGCCACAGCCUGUCACCCCAUUAAAAUUCCCCAGAUAGGAGAGAUGCUGGCCCAUGUCACCUGAACCAGCCCAUAGUCGGAGGUGCCUGUUAAGCUAUUUACAACUUUGAAGGAAGCAGAAAACUGGUCUCUCUCUCUCUCUCUCUCUCUCUCUCUCUCUCUCUCUCUCUGUCUCUCUCUCUCUCUCUCUCUGUCUCUCUCUCUCUCUCUCUCUCUCUGUUUCUUUCUCUCACUGACACACACGCGCACAAUGUAACUUUAAAUGUUAUUUUGACCAUCAGUACCCCAGGCCAACAUUAGCUAGCUCUCUGCUUGCCAUGUGUCCAAGCCUGGUCCCAAUGUUGCACCCCUGACCCCACAAAAAAGGAAAGCAAAGGCAGCAGGUUAAAGGUGAGAAUGAGCCUCGGUUCCCCCAGGCUUAGGACAGAACAAGCCCACCACUGCCUCACAGAGAGCAGAGAACCCCUUGCCGGCAACUAGGGAAAACGUCCUUUUCUCUUCCAGUGUUGAGACUGACCUGAGAGAGGUGGCCCAGCUGGCAAAGUACUUGCUAAGCAAACACGAGGACACAAGUUCGAUCCCCACCACCCAAGUGUGGCUGUGCAGGGAAGUAGGGAGGUGGAGACAGAGCAUCCCCGGGGCUCACCUGACAGCCAGUGUGUUCAUAUGGGUGAUCUCAGGUUGGAUGCAGAGACCCAGUCUCAAAACAGAAAGUGGAGAGCAAUUUAAAAAAAGACCCCACAUGUUGAGCACAGGCUUCACACACAAGAAAGGGAUAAUGGCAGGCAUGGGGCUGAGGACAGCCUGUGUGGGAGAGAUGAGGAAGUACCCUCUGGCAGAGUAGAACUGCGUGUGGCCAUUUUAUAUGUCUGAAGAACCACAACAGGAAGUCUUAGCCCAGAGCUGAUGGGGGUGGGGAGGACACUUUCUUGCUAACAGCUGGCUGACUUCUGUGUGUCCCCCUCCUCCCAUCCCUCUUCUGAGAACUUCCUCUAACCCUGGACUUUGGUGUCAUCUCACUUGUCCUAUCUGUUAGCUUUGAGCUAACAGGACAGGCACAGAGGCUGUGUCCAAGGCAUGUGACUAAGAGGAACCCAUUAGUGCUUUGAGCUCGGGCACUGGCCCUGGGCAGAAGGCUUUCCAAAGAACUGUCUGCAGCCCUGCCAGCCUGCAAGCAGAGGCCCUGGCCCCCCAGUAUCCAAACCAGGAUUGGCUUUUACUUUCACUCUCCAGAGUUCAGUGAUGAAAUAAUGUGUUUGGACAUGAAGCCCAGUGUUGCCUGCUUCCUGUUGGGGAUUUGAUUCUGUCUUAGAACUUCUCCUUCAACCUCCUGGCAGACUAAGAAGGAAUUCCCAAGUAUGAUUCUUCUUACAUCUCUGCCUGCUCCUGUUAGAUAAUCCUCGGCCUCUGUCUACUUUUGCAGUAUGUUAAUGGUUGUGAAAAUGUCCUUUUCUUUAACUGUGAGAACCCACUUCUUAAAAGCUGCUCAAUUUUUCAGUGGGAAAAAUCACUUAUCUUCACUGUGCUGAAGUGGAUAUUUGAAAGGAGGUGUUAUGGGCCCCACAGGCUGCCUUCCCUGUAGGUUGUCACCACCACCAGCUGAGACCAGCACAGGCUGUCUCCUGUCCUUGUUGAGGAUGGCAGGGCCCCUGGAAGGAGCCAGGUUGGCCAGAGCAGCGCUGAGGUCUUUUCUGUGUUGCUGGGCAUCUCCUAGAUAGAGAGUAACCAGCUCCCAUUGCUUCAGGCCUUGCCCUGUCUGUAAAGUGAAGGAAAAAGUAGUGAAUAUAUUUUGUCUCCUAGCUCCUGGCUUUCUUGCUGCUCUUUGGGGAAUCACUUAACUUGGGGGGUAUGUGUCUGCAUUUACAUAGUUCUUAGGUGCCCAGUGACCCCAGGCUGGGCCUACCUGCUUGUACUGAAUUCCAUGAGCCUUUCUUCUGGGGCAGGGUAUACACUUGGACCAAAAGAUGGCACUGGAGUUUUGAGUGGACAGGCAUGAACCUAGGCCUUGGUGUGCCCUCCAGAGGGUGCUACAGCCCAGUGCCCUCUUUUAUUGCUGCUAACUGGGGUGCCUCUAUUCCAGUCAUUCAUGCAGCUACCUGCACUGAGAGGGUCCUGAAAAUUGUUAUCCAUGUGAAGGAUGGAUGUUGACCACAGGACCCACCAGUGAGUGCUAAGAAAGGGUGUCCCUGCCCCCAAGGGGCAGUUCUGUGUGAGGUUACAACAAAUCUGUAGGCUCUGUAUGGACACCAUUGAGCUAGGAAGACAUGAACCUGGUCCACCAGGUCUGAAUGAAUGACACUCCCCGACCCCCUGAAUGAUGGAGACAUGCCCUGGGGUGGAGGUGCAGCUGGACAUGCAUGUGUCAGACCUGUUGCAUUUUCACACAUUCUGUGACAGCUGCAUAUGGUUGGCCAGUUCCAGUCCUGUUUCUGCCUCCAGUUGCACUCUCAGCGUUCACCAACAGGGGGCGCAGUGGAGCCAGAGCAGUGUCAGAAGCCCAGGCAUCUUGGUACCAGCUGAUUAAACAGCAGUCAUCCUAUCAGGAGAUUUGGUUGGUGGUUUUUUUUGUUUUUGUUUUUGUUUUUUUCCUUCUUGUGUAAAUCUUUGUUAGGCCUCAGACUUGGCAUUGUGCAACACCUCACAAUAACUGGCAGCUCAAUGUGUCCCCAGUCCUGCCUGGGACAUCCCCAGAAGCCAUUACUUGGUCAGCAUGGCCAGAAUUGACGGUUUUGCACUGUGUGCAUUUUGCACUGUGUGUUUCCUUGUUGACUGAAUUAUUCUUGUUGCAGACAUUUUACAUGCAAUGAUUAAUAUAAUGUUUUAUAUGUCAUUUUCCCAUUCCUGCACCCUAGAGGGUUUAUUUGCUUAAAACUAGAAUCUAAUGAGUAAAUUUAAAUUUAAAAUUUAACAGUAUAUAGAACUUGUAUUCAUGGAUUUUUUUUUUUUUUUUUUGCCUGAUAUGAUGGUGUGCACCUGCAGUCUGGUACCAUAGAGGCUGAAGCUGAAUAACAACUUUAAAAAUCAGUCUAUGCUAUGUAGUAAGACUCUUUUAAGCACAUACAAGACUAUAGCUAAAUUGUUUUUCUUGUCUUUUAAAAUUCCUAGUGGAAUAAACAGUUUUAAGAUUCCCCACUAUUGAGCCAGGCAGAGAAUGUCCCCAGAGAAGGAGUCUUCAUCUCCCACGUAUUGCCUUCCCUGCCUGUGGCUGGGCUCUGCCUGUGCCAGCAUCUCCUCACUCCUUCCCCUGGCUCACUGUCAGGCAGGUUCUGGUCUUUGUGCAAUAGGAUACACAUUCCAGGUGGAAAGGUCUCCCUGUUGCCAUGGGAACCCCACCCUGUCCCUGUCAGCUCUUGAAUAGCCAGCUAGAGCUGCCUCUGUCCUGAAGCUACAGAUGGGUGGAAACAGGAGAGAGCCUUCCAUGGCUGGAAGCUUCCAGAAGGCCUUGGGUAUAACCUUGGCCAUACCUCACUGUCCAUCCUAUAGGCCAGCAGGCCCCAUGAAGGCAGGCUGAGGUGUUGGGUAAAACCAUGUCUGCACCUCACUGCCUGCCUUACAGGGCUAGGCAGUCCCCCAGACAGGCAAGUAGAGCUGCCUUCAACCAUAGUGUGACCUGGGCUGGUGCUCUGGAAGCCUCUGAGCUACACUGUCACUGCGGACCGGGUUCACGCCUGACAUGAGGAGGGUGACAGGACACAGUAGAGGACGACGCAGAGGCCUAGGACAUCCUUCUCCCUCAUACGCCACAGAGCAGGACGGCCAAAGCAGCGUCUACUCAAAGCUCGGGCCUGAGCGAUUGCCAUGAGACAGCCAGGACCAUUUUCUGGAGGAUGAUGGUGCGUGUGUGUGUGAUGUCAGUGUUUUGUGAAUGGAGAUGAACUCUUCAUGAACAGAGCUCUUGAAGGAUGAGACACGGGCGAUAUCACGGAUGUUCUUAGCUUCAUAGUUGCCCGAUCCUGAUGCAGAGGGAUUUCGCCCAUGUGUUGCAAACCUGGACCAAUUGGAGGAUGGGCUGCACCUGUGGGGCUGGCCCGACCCUACUAGUCCUUCCCAGAGACCACACUGCUGUGGAGGCCCCUGGCCUUUAGAGCAAAGCACAGUUGUCCCCACAGUCCCUGCUGCGCAGGAGAGGCAUGCUCUGGGCCCAGGUGGUCUCCAGCCCCAGUCCCCCAGCCCUGUGUACUGUCCCCUUGUCCCCUAUCAACGUGUUUGUGAGCACCUCUCAGCACUGUGUAGCUGUGUCUGUUUUGUGCUGGUCUGUUGUCUUCUCUGACUGUCCACAAAUAAAUAUUUUCAUUGCA